GACACAAAGGCAACCUAACCUCUAACCUCACACUCGCUCAUACUGCAGUGGGGGCUUGUAACUGCAAAUUUGGAUGAAGUCUUGUUACUUUCGUUUUUGUUCUCUAUAAGGCUUCCUUCCGUCGGGGAGUUGAACAAUGAAUUUCCUGCCAAGCUUGUCCAAGCUGACAACGCUUCCCGUGCAGUUAUUAGAACACUACGGUGGGAUUCGAUUAGCCUCUAAAAAGGCUGGCUCUGGUGCAAGAUGGCAGGGUAAGCCAAGGAAAAAGAAAUACAGAGGUCUGAAGAAGAAUGAUGGUGUAUAUGUAACAGCCGGAACACCUCUCGCAACUCAGCUUACGCUACGUUUUUUCCCAGGGCUGAACGCUGGAUUUGGAAAGAAUGGAACUAUAUAUGCAAUUAAACCUGGGAAAGUAGUUAUUUCCACAGAAGUAGCCAAACCAGAUUGGAACCAUACAUGGAUUCAGAGAUUGUUGCCACCACGUCCAGAUGAUGUUCCUAUUUAUAAGAAGUAUAUAAAUGUUAUUCCUGAGCCACAGCACAACCGUUUCAAGCUCAUAGAGGCAGUGUAAUUUUGUCAAACUGUAACUAUCAUCAAUAAAUAUUAAGUAGGAACUAUUGUCUUGA